AUGACUUUUGAUAGAGCACACGUUAUCCCACCACGGUCGAAAACGGUUUCUUAACGGACUUCAAUGGAUAGGCCGCCUGCAAUGGACGUUUUGGAUUAGUUGCAUUUCGUUUCUUGCCGCGAAUGGUAGUUUUUCGCGUCGAACUGGUCGAUCUUGAUCCUCGCAUCUGUUUGACGUGCGCAACGUGUACCUAUCGACGUACGUGUUCAUGAGACGAGUGCAGUGCUGUUUGUGUGUUUAGAACCUACGAGGACACUCAUCAUCUGUCGGUGGAACAUGGCACGACCGGCGACAGUCGGCACGCGAUGGCUCCGUCCACUGCUAAUGGCGUCGCUGCUCACGCUUGCUGCUCCCGUGCACGGUCAGCAAUCGAUCAUCUUGGAGACGCUGUUCGAUCAGCUAAGCUUGCUGAUGCGCACGGGCCCCAAUGCAUCCGUGCCGAUACCGGAGACGAAGCAGAUUCGAAAGGAGUACGACUUUGUCGUCAUUGGCGCUGGUUCGGGCGGAUCCGUCAUGGCCAACCGUUUGAGCGAAGUUCCCGAGUGGAGUGUGCUGCUGCUGGAGGUCGGCAAGGAGGAGAACAUGGUGUCGAACGUUCCGCUGACGGCGGGAUUGACCACUGCUACAGGCUACAGCUGGGGAUACCGGUCGGAUCCGAUGCGUAAUGCUUGCAAGGGUCUGGAGCAGGGUGUCUGCUACUGGCCCAAAGGACGCGGGCUCGGUGGCACGAGUUUGAUCAACUUCCUGCUGUACGGACGCGGACAUUGGCGUGACUACGACGAGUGGGAACAGGCGGGAAACUACGGUUGGGGAUAUCAAAAAGUUCGCAAGUACUUCGAGAAGGCGGAGAAAAUCAAGGGGAAGCCUGACAACCCUCACGGCUACCUGCACAUAGAGGAGAGCUCGUUCGAAACACCGAUGCUGAGGCGGUACAUCGAGGCUGGCAAAAGCUUUGGCUAUCGAAACAUAAAUCCGAACGAUCCGGUGCAGCUUGGGUUCUACAAGGCACAGGCCACGAUGAUUAAUGGCGAGCGGUGUAGUGCGGCCCGUGCCUACUUGAAGCCGGUCGGCUAUCGGCCGAACCUGGACAUUUCGACCCACUCGUGGGCUACCAAGAUUUUGAUCGAUCCCACCACGAAGACGGCGUAUGGAGUGGAGUUCACCAAGAACAAGCGUGUCUACACGGUUCGCGUACGGAAGGAGGUAAUUCUGGCGGCUGGUGCGAUUGCCUCACCUCAGCUUCUGAUGCUUUCCGGUGUGGGACCGCGCGAACAUCUCGAACAGCUAGACAUCCCGGUAAUCAAGGAUCUUCGGGUGGGCUACAACCUGCAAGAUCACCAAACUCUCUCCGGGUUGGUGUUUACCAUCAACCAACCGGUAAGCAUCCGGGAGCGGGAUAUGCGACGGCCGGUUAACUUCCUCAACUACCUGGUUGCACGACGCGGUCCAUUCACCGUACCCGGUGGGGCAGAAGGCAUUGCCUUUGUGAAGACCAACAAUUCUCGCUCGCCGGACGACUAUCCCGACGUGGAGCUAGUGCUUGGUACGGGUGCCGUAAACAACGACGAGUCCGGCGCACUACGCUACACAUUCGGUAUGACGAAAGAGUUCUACGAACGCUCGUUUGGACCGGCUCGUGGGCAGCACGCGUUUGGCAUUGCACCUGUACUGAUGCGCCCCAAGAGUCGUGGACGUGUGUGGUUGAAGAGCCGCAACCCGUACCGGUGGCCACACAUGGAAGGGAACUUUUUCGAUCAUCCGGACGAUCUGGCCACGAUGGUGGAAGGUAUCAAGAUGGCGGUACGGAUCGGUGAGUCGGAAAGCUUCGCUUCGUACGGAGCGCAUCUGCUCAGCACACCGUUCUACGGCUGUGAGAAGUACCGUUUCCGAUCGGACGAAUAUUGGCGCUGCUGUUUGCGUGAGGUUGGCGCCAGUAUUCAGCAUCAGUCCGGUACGUGCAAGAUGGGCCCGGCCAGCGAUCCAGACGCGGUGGUUGAUCCGGAACUGCGGGUGCACGGUGUUGGCGGGUUGCGUGUGGUGGAUGCUUCCAUCUUCCCGGUCAUACCGUCGGCGCACACGAAUGGCGUCGUUAUCAUGGUCGGUGAAAAGGCGGCCGACAUGGUGAAGGACUAUUGGCUUAAUCAAAUUCCGUAGAAGAAAAGAGAUAGCGAGCGAGAGAGAGAGAGAGAGAGAGAGAUGCUACGCGUUUUAAGGACGCCAAUCCAACUAGUCAUACUGGGUUUUAGAAUAUUUUGUUAGUUUAAAGAUGUACAAAGUUAUACCAAAUAAUGUUUAAAUAAAAAGUUUUUUAC